UGCACCCCUCAACACCGCUCACUGAUGCAACGGCGAUGUCAAAUUAUGCGGUGCGUUCGCUGAAUCUGUUGUUUCGUGUCACGCUGCGGUAAAUCGACGAAACGUUGUUCCAUGUAGAGCGUGCGGGUUUGUUAUUCACGUUGAAUUCGCGACACAUAUUUUUUCCAGUAGGAUUAGACGAAAUGUUGAGGUAUUUUGUGGGGAUAGUUACCUUAAUUCAUAUAGGUUUAUCUAAAAGGCAUCCUGAACCCUACUACGGAACGAAAAUCGGACCGCUACAAGAAUUCGCUCAUGGCAUCAAAGGCACCGUGUACGCAGUGGACGAGAGCACGAUAUUCAUUAAAGGAUUCUCCUACGACGGCACUGGCCCGGACGCUUUCUUCUGGAUUGGGAAUUCACCCAGACCUAGUCCAGAAGGGACGAUUAUACCGUAUCCCGAGGAUUACCGAGGAAGGGAUCCGCCGCUGAAAGCUCACAACAACACCGACAUAAUCCUCAGACUGCCCAACGGGAAGAGGAUCAGGGAUAUACGGUGGCUGUCCGUUUGGUGUCGACGCUUUACGGUCGACUUUGGAGAAGUAUUUAUCCCACCUAACCUAGAAGUACCCAGACCUCGAGUCCUGCCAGAAUUCAAACGCAUAGCCCACGGCCUUAGGUCUGAUAACAUCAGCAUUUUAGAUGCCAAAACGUUCUACAUUCCGAACUUGCAUUACGACGGCGGCGGUCCAGACGCAUAUUUUUGGGUUGGAAAUGGAUCAGACCCUGCAUCAUUUGGAAUUAAGGUGCCCAAUGAAAUGGGCUCUCUGGAACCGUUAAGGAGCUACCUAGGAGAAGACAUAGAGAUACAGCUUCCUGGAUCACUCACCGUUUACGACAUCGACUGGUUGGGUGUGUGGUGUGUACAAUGUCGGCAAAAUUUUGGACACGUCAUGAUUCCUAAAGAUCUAGAUGUGCCACCCGCUUUGGGACAAACUAAGAUAUCUCCUCCAUGGUGGUAUAAUCCAACGACCACAACACCCGUUCCCGCACCCACAAAUUGCAGAGAAUUUUUAGAUAAAAGGUUACAAGUGAGGUGGAUGAUAAAAGAUGAUCAAGUGGAAAUAACGCUAUCGGCUAACAUACGAGAGGGUCGCUAUAUGGCUUUUGGAUUGUCUGGUGUGCAUGGAAAAGCUCACAUGGUGGGAGCCGACGUGACCGUGGCGUACUUUGAUAAAAAUUCAAGGAGCUUCCACGCAGAUGAUUAUUACAUAUCGAAUUUCUCUCAGUGCGAUGGAAAGUCCGGAGUGUGUCCUGAUGAACGCAUCGGAGGUCGAAACGAUGUGGUAGUUCUGCAUGGAGAAGUAGAAAAUGGAAUCACCACAAUUAAAUAUUCCAAGCCUCUUCACACCAAUGAAGCCAUCAACGACAGAGCCAUUCCCGAGGACGAACCUGUGAGCGUGAUAGCCGCCUUCGGCCCGUUGAAUUCCCGUAUGGAAGCCAGCGGCCAUUCUGCUAAAGACAAAACCGUCGUGGAUCAGCAGAUUAAUUUUGGGGAUUUGUACGAUAAUCAGUGCACCCUUAGGCCGGACCAAAUCCCGGCAGCCGAUGGCAUCGUUCCGUGGCCAGCCGCAAAAAUAAUCGGUGAGACAGUAUUUCAUGUUAAAAUAGGACCUACUGGAGGUGCAAGAGGAUACUCGAAGAUCACUGGUUUAAGUUCAUGGGGAAUAUGUUACUAUAUCAAUGAUAAGCUGAUACCUGAACUUACAGUAGAACGAGGUCAAACGUACAUAUUUGUGGUAGAAACUGGAGAAUAUAACACAAAUCCAGCUAGAUAUCACCCGUUAUACAUCACCAAUUCGAAGGAGGGCGCUUAUGGUCAACUUACUGGAGAGAGCAGACGCAACCAAGAGAUAUACGCCGGGGUUGAUCUAGAUUCUGAGGGUCGUCCUCGACCAACAGCUGUAGGCAGGUACUGCGAAUGGGCACACAAAAGUAUCGACAAGUCAAUGGAAUCAGAAACCUUCGAAGACUAUCUACGCACUCUUCGAGUGGAGUGUGACGAAGGCGAGCCGGCGUACUUGAACUGGACGGUGCCUAUGGAUGCACCGGAUUUGUUAUACUACCAGUGUUACGUUCACCUCAACAUAGGUUGGAAGAUUCACGUGGUGGAUCCAGGAUACAUUUCAGAACAAAAUGGUUCAGCAAAUAUCAGCAAAACAUCAACUAUUAAAAUAUCACCGCUGGUUUAUAUUUUCACGACAAUAAUAUCAACUGAGACAAUAAUUAGGUCAAUAUAUAAGAGUUUGUAACAAUUUAAUUUAGCCUCUAUUUUGGAUAUUUUCUGUCUGAUA